AUGGCAGAGAGCGAUUCUCCUAUCUCAGACUUGGACCCCCCGGAAUCCCCCUCUCAAAUGAUCGGCAGGCGCAGAAACCGCCUCGUGAACAUCAUCAAGCAGAAUGACCUUCCUCAACUCCGUCAGUUCAUUGCCUCAUGCUCUCCUGAGGAUGUGAUCGCCCCUGGAACACCCUACUUGGAGGACACCUUGUUUAAUGCAGCCUCAUAUGGCAGUCCUGAUGCUCUUCACAUCAUCUUAGAGGUGUACACUGCGUCCCCAGAAGUUGUCAAGAGAUUCAACCCCAAGUUCCGUCUGCUACUCGACGCAUGUGGUGCGGCAAACAUUGAUGUGGUGCGCUUUAUCUUGGACAGCCAUCAGUUACCACUCGGGACCGUGGAUUUGCAUCAGAGAGAUGACUCCGGAUAUACGCCGAUCCUCGCGGCUGCGGGGUCGCUGAUGUAUCUUGACUACGACACAGAAGUAGAAGAUGAGGGUCUCCAUUUGACUGAGUGGAUUCGGGAUCGGAUUGCAAGGGGCCAUCAGUUGAUUCAUCUCCUUCUUGACCGGGGCUGUUCAGCGACAGAUGUGGUUCCCCCUUUGCCAAAUGAUCUCUCUCCCAGUCAGGUGCAAGACAGUGUGCUUGGACUUGCUGUGUCGAGGGCUAAUGGUCCAUUAAUUCAACGGCUCAUUGACUCCGGUGCCGAUAUCUACCUUAAGCAUCAACACUUCCAUCAUCCCCAGUUCAGGACCACAAAGGGUCAUGCCUAUGAUGUCACGACGCUCCAUCUGGCAAGUUUAUUCUAUAAUUCUGAUGCUGUUAAAUUGCUCUUGGAUCAUCAACAUUACAAGACCAACCCUGAUCUGGCUUCCUCCUGUGACAGUGAUGGGCGACUCCCACUGCACUGGGCAGCUAGCGGCCCUGGAGGUUUUAACUGUCAACUCCUGGAUAACAGAAUCACAGAGACCCUUCAACUGCUCCUUGACCAUGAUUCUACUGGUAUUAACCUUGUUGACAAUACUGGCUCCAUACCACUGCACUAUGCUGCUAUAAGCCAUGCUAGGUGUGGCUAUAGCCAGCAUGCUGAGCUUGCUAUCCACACUUUACUUAAAUAUGGGGCUGACCCCCGGAUCCCUGAUGGCUCUGGCCGUACCAUCCUACAUUUACUAGGAUAUAACUCCCAUCAAGGUGACCCUAUUGAGACCACACUCCUAGAUCUAAUACUGUCACAUGGUGUUAAUAUCAAUCAUGCUGAGAACAAUGGGAAAACAGCAUUACAUGUCUUUGCCCAGAAUCUGCGGCAGGUCUCAGCGGCAAAGUUCUUAAUUAAGCACGGGGCAGAUAUCCGGGCUCAGAAUACUCUACAGGAGACGCCCUUUCAUGCGGCAGCGCGGGGUUUUUUAAAUGAUCAUAUACGCUGUGAUGGGAGAGAUAAGGAAGUGACAACUGAGAAUAAGAUCAAGCUUCAGGAUGAGAUGAUGCGUGCUCUGCAGGAGGCUGCUGGGGAGGAGACUGCUAUAUUAAUGAUAAGCCAACCGAAUGCAGAGGGUAAAACUCCGCAGGACUUAAUGGAGGAGACCAGAAAUCGGUGGCAGGGAUGGGAGCAAGCCAUACCAGGCCCCGGAAGAGGCAGAGGCAGAGGGCAGCCAGUAGGAGCAUAA